AUGGCUAAUGCAAUGGAUAUUAAACAAGAUUUCAAGAAUAGGACUAUUAAUGUAGAUUUAUAUAGUGAUAUAAGGAUUAUUGAUGUGAUAAAAGAGGUAGAAGAAAUUGUUGGAACAAAUAGUGUCAUCUACGCAUGCCCUUUACAAGGUAAUUUAGAAUUGACUUUUGAUCGUACUGAUAGACUGCAACAUCUGAAUGAAACGCCUAUCAUUGUAAAUAAUCAAGAACUGAAAUUCACUCCAGUAGGGUUUAAAUAUGUGAUAGUCUCAUUUAUGCAUAUCCCAGUAUAUAUUUCCGACCAUGAAAUAUUGGCGAAGCUCGAAGGGUGGAAUGUGAAGCCGCUGGGUGAGAUAAGGCAUAGGAAGAUCAAAUACGAAGACAGAGAGAUCCCCGACGGUACAAGAUAUAUAAAAUGCGAGUUUCCUCCAAAUGUUAACAGCCUCCCAUAUGCCACAAUGCUAGAUGGCAAAUCAUUUAUUGUCAAGCAUAACAACCAGGCCAAAGUUUGUUUUGGGUGCCUAAAUCCCGAUCAUGAAAUAAAGAACUGCCCAGACUCAAAGUGCAAAAGAUGCGGUCAAAGAGGACACAUAAAAAAAUUCUGCGAAGAGAGUGUUUGUAUUAAUUGUGGUGAAUACACUCACGUUUGCAAAUGUAUCUCUGAACUCAAAUCAACUAGCGAACCUGAACUAAAUCCUAUCCAACAAUUUAAAGAGACAACCCCCCUGUUAAGUGAACCAAAUACAACUGAUAUGCCAAUCGACGAUAAUACCCUUCAUCCUAUACUAAUUGAAACUCCUAUAGAUAGAACGAAACCCAUCAAAAGAACUCAAACAGAAACUAUAACUCCUCCGAAAAAUGAAAACAAAAAAGGCAAAACCAAUGACCAAAUAGAAGAUAGUGAGCAACAUGAAUCCAAGAACAGUAAUGCUGAUUCCCCCAUUGCUCCCAAUGUGAACCCCGAUACCCACCCUAAUAGUCAUGAUGGUGAUACCCCACCUCCAGAAAAAUCCAUCCCGAAGAAAACACUCUCAAAAUACCCCCUGCCACCUAAAGCAGCUUCCCGCAGCCCAACCCUAAAUAGUAAAAUCAACAGCUCCAUGAAAACUUUAGAAAACAUAGACAAUAUUGUAUCAAAACGUGAAUUGUUACGUAGAGAACUUGCAGAUACACACUCAUUUCUUAGUACCAGAAACCGCUUUAAAACAGACCCAAUUAAACCUAAUCUAAAUGCUCCAAGGAAAUCAAAAAGUGGUGAAUCCCUUGUGUAA